AUGUCACCUCCUGGUGGUAACGAGAAUAUGCAGAUGCCCGCUCGCGCCUUUGCUUGUCCGAGCUUCCAAGAAGCUAUCAAUAAACUGCCAGUACUUGGAAAUGCUGCGGUGGAAUCGAAGACCAAAUCUUCAGCUCCACACUCUGCCGAACAUUCUGAAGUGACCAUUGGUGUGCAAAAGGCAUACGAAACGCUCGGACUUUCUGCUGGUACGAAGGCCAAAGAUAGCACGGUUGCGGAACUCUUUCGAACAGAAGUCGAGGCUAAGCCCUCAAAGAAGAAAGAAUUGAUUCAAAGUUUUGUCGAAAUCAUGGCAUAUCGAAAGAGCGAAGAACUACAAAACACUCUUUCGCAGUUCUUGAAGGAUGAUUCUGCCUCUGCAUCCAAAGCUCCAGAGAGCAAUCAAUUCUCAGUAGCCAGAUCCAAGCUCACAACUGAUCUGUUUGAGCGCUCGAAGCCGUACGGUGAAGGUGCACUCAAGCCUGAUGAUGCGAUAGAAGUUCUGGCAAAGGAAAUACAGAAGUCAAAGCUGGCCAACGCUCAACCUGCAGCUGCAAAAAGCAAUUUGACCAGCCAAUUGCAGGCUGUCGAGCAGAAGGACUUUUGGACCGAGACUGAUAGGAUUAUUGUCAACGGUGUCAAGUACUUUAAGGCUGGAACUGAGACGGCAGUCAAGCCCAUCGAGCCGGCCAAUUGUCUCGACAACAAGACUUCGAUUCCUCCGACGUCUGCCAAUACAGCCCGUCUUGUAGAAGGAGCUGGUGCAGGUGACAAUGAAAGUCGCGCGACUGAGGCUAAUUGGGAUAGCACCAACGAUUUCGACACUGGCACCCUCUCGUCAGACAAGCCAUACACUGAAGGCACUAUCCAGAACCCUUAUGUUAUGAGCAAAAAUAGAUUCAGCAAUGAGCUUGUGCAAGUCAUCCUUGGGGACGACUGUGAGUGGGAUUCAGGCUACUACACGCUUUACAUUCACAAGCCUGCCCUUGAGGUCCUUCUACAUUCUCCUGAACACCAACAUCUGCGAAAGAACUUGAGUACCUCUGAACCAUUAGUCCUUGAAAAUAUCAGAGCAACGACCUUUGAGUUCAUCGUCGCCAGUCUAUAUGCUGGUAGCGUUGGACUGCCAUGUUGUUUUGAGGGUCGUUCGGAUAUGAUCGACUUGUACAGACAGAUUGCCAGGUUCGGUCUCGAUGGCUUUCGGGCCGGAGUUCUAGAACUAUUUGACAACACUGGCUGCUUCCGCGACUUCUGGAACGCAUCAGGAGCUGUGUAUCGACAGGAGUCGGCCGACGACUACUUCCGAUCCUAUUUCAAAGAACGCCUCGCGAUUUGGUUAGACAAGCCUGAUACCGCAUGGCGGGAGUCCUGCAGAGGUAAACAGACAUGCUGGGGCACUUGCAGUACGGGUCGUGCAUAUUUCAAGCAAGCAUUGGUGCACGGGAAUCAUGGACUAAUCUUCAUGAGAGAUGUCUUGGAUGUUCUUGCCGACCGGGAAGUCAGAUUAGAUCAAGCUCAUGGUGUACUCAACGAAGGAGUCAAGCAAAACGGCAAUGAUUGUGACGACGACGAUGAUGAUAAAGAUGAGGAAGACAGCGACUACGAGGAUGACGAGGAUGCAGAGAUUGACGACGAGGACAACGAUUAUGAGGACGAGGAGGAGAAUGGCUAUCAAGAUGGCGAGGAUAAUUACGACAAUGCUACACAGUCUAACAACGAGAACAAGAUUGAACCUUCGAAACAUGCACAGUCAUCCGCAGACCGAGGCUGGAAUACUUCUAUUCCUGCCGGUAGUCGGGAUCGCGAAGCAAAUGCACCGGCAAGUGGUUGGGAUAAUUUCGAUACUCCCGAAAACGAGUGUCUUGUCUCGGGCCAGCGAGUUCAAAAUGACCGAAACGUGUACUCGCAAGGGACUGACUGGUGUCAAGAAGGCAACGUUGAGUGGGAUCAUAGUGACGCAAAUAUGCAUGCCUACCCAUACUGGCAUAUCGACAAUGAUCACUGCGAUUUCGACGAUGUGCCACCUGUUCCUCCACCAAAUCCUCCCCUACCUGGCGCGGCACAGAACGGGUCCGGCGUGACUGCCUUUGCUGUCAGAGACUCGACUGAAUGGGAUUGCUCGAUCUCUUUCCGAGCUGGUGAGCGAAUCGAGUGCUUGAUUGGUGUAGCAGUGCCACUGCGAAGCACGGUUGAUGGCAGUACCCCAGUCCCUGUCCUGGGCGGCAAUGUUAGAGGUGUCUUCGGAACCUUUCCUCAGACCUAUGUCCGAAUCCAGACAGCCGGCGAGACCCCCUUGCCCAAGCCCUUAUCACUCACAGCUGUUGGUAUCUACAAUCAUCUUGUCGGAGCGGUUGAAGGAGACGGCAAGAACGCACAGGCCAUACCCAAUCACUUUGGCUGGCACGUCAACGAAGUAGUUAGAGCUGCGAACGAAUUGGUUGAGGCUGGUCGUAUCUUCAGUACCACAGACGAGUACACCUGGGCUAGCCUUGAUCGUGGUGACUAUAUCCUUGACUAUGAUGACAACGGAAUUGGUCAAGGUGCUACUUGGUAG